AUGGCCGGGCGGACGACAAGCAUUCUCCCAUUGUCGAGCGGGAUAAUGGACCGUGGCGAGCUCUGUUGUCCACCAGCGGAGUCAAUUACUGGCCCUUGCACCGACAAUGCAUUCCAUUCUGCACUCCAGCAGGAGGCAGCUCAGUCAUUGGCAUCCUUAAUGAGAUGCUGCGUCAGGACCUCUUCGUCUUGUCCUGUACUCUCUCCUCAUGGCAGGACGACCGAUCCUUGUCGAAGGAUUAACAAAAUUCCUCUGCCCUCUAGCAGCUGGUUCAAACUGCUUUGUAGGCGUUGGUCAGCAAUUCGUAACAGGCCGGCUUCUGCUGUAUUCGCUGAGUAUAUUCCUAGCCUGGGAUAA